AUGCUGGUCUCGACUGGUAGCAAUGGUUCGUUCGAAGCAUCUGGCUUAAUUGCUGGAUUCAGUCCAAGAAUUUACAAACGAGGUCGGGAAACCCCAUUUGAUAAAGAUCAGUCAGAUAAUAAUGGCUCGAAUCAAGGGACUACAUCAAGUAAAAAAAAUCAACUCAUUCGUCGAUUAGAGAGAGAACUUCACGAAGCUGAUAUCGCAGAAGAAGUCGCAGCUGAUGCUUUCCAUAGGUAUGAGAAUCUUAAACACCGUCAAGAAAUGUUAGCGUUGAAAGGAAAAGCGAUAUCUGGAGAAAAGCAUAGUGAACAACGUCAACAGGAAUUGAAAAAAGAGUGGGGUGCUGCAUUAGAAAAAUUCGUCCUUUUGAGAGAAAAGUUACAAACCGAAUCAGCCACUCCUAGUCGAGACCGGAAACACUCGAUUGAUGAUCCCGGCUCAAGUACUUCUGGUCGAGGUCGGAAACACUCGGUUAUUGAACCUAACCCAUGCACUACCAAACAAAGCCGGAAACUCCCAUCUGAUAAAGAACAGCCAAGAGAAAACCGUGAGCUCAUUCGUCAAUUAGUGAAAGAACUCGAAGCUGCUGAUGCUGCAGAAACAGCCGCAUGCGAGGCUUCAUAUGCGUAUAGGGUUAUUGAAUAUGAACAAAAAAGGUUAAUAUCGCAGGGCAAACCGAUAAUUGGGAAAAAGCAUAGCGGAAUACAUCAAUGUCGAUUAGAUAAUCAAUGGCAAACUACAGGAAAAAAAGUAGAACGCCUGGAACAACAAUUACAAGAAGCCAGAUUAGCCACUCCUAGUCGAGACCGGAAACACUCGAUUGAUGAUCCCGGCUCAAGCACUUCUGGUCGAGGCCGGAAACACUCGGUUAUUGAACCUAACCCAUGCACUACCAAACAAAGCCGGAAACUCCCAUCUGAUAAAGAACAGCCAAGAGAAAACCGUGAGCUCAUUCGUCAAUUAGUGAAAGAACUCGAAGCUGCUGAUGCUGCAGAAACAGCCGCAUGCGAGGCUUCAUAUGCGUAUAGGGUUAUUGAAUAUGAACAAAAAAGGUUAAUAUCGCAGGGCAAACCGAUAAUUGGGAAAAAGCAUAGCGGAAUACAUCAAUGUCGAUUAGAUAAUCAAUGGCAAACUACAGGAAAAAAAGUAGAACACCUGGAACAACAAUUACAAGAAGCCAGAUUAGCCACUCCAAAACAAAGCCGGAAACACUCGAUUGAUGAUCCUGGCUCAAGCACUUCUGGUCGAGGCCGGAAACACUCAAUUGUUAGACACCAUUCAGAUACUGAUUCAGAUCAGGGAAUUGCACCAGCCAAAAAACAUAGACCCACUCAUCAACUAGAUAUAAAUCUUGAAAACGCUGAAAGAGCAAGAGUGGCCGCAUGCAAUUCCUACUAUGAAUAUAAAGCUACUCGACUCGAACAGAAAAAGUUGAAAUCAAACGGUCAAAAGAUAUCUGGAAAAAAGUACAGUUCAAGGACUGAACAUGAAUUGAAAGAAAAGUGUAGGAAGGCAAGUAAAGCAAAACACUACAUGAUACGACAGCUAGAAGGAACAAAUGGAAACACUCCCAGUCGAAGCCGGAAACACUCAGUUGUUAGACACCAUUCAGAUACCGAUUCGGAUCAAGAGACUUUAUCAAGAAAAAAGUAUAGGAAGCUUGUUCGUAAACUAAAAAGAAGAAUCAAAGAGUAUAGAAGGAGACAAAAGGAUGUAUGCAAAGAAUAUCGUGAACAUCAAUUCUUUGUAUCCAAACAACAGUCAAGAUUAACAAGGGGUAAAAGUGUAUCGAAAUCAUUCUACGACUUAGAGGAUUUAGAGAAGCUGGAAAGAAAAUGUAAAAGGGCAGGAAGAAGGGUAGAAUAUCUGGAGCAAAAGCUAAGAAAACUUAUGGGUGAGUCAGAUUCAGAUUCAGAUUGA